AUACUACGUAUUCGUACUCUAGUUCACUUUAGUCCAUACUUUACACCCUCGCAGUCACCUAAAUACAGUCGUGCGUUGUGUCAGUUUAUUUCUACUGCUCGUUGUUAUCACUUGUUUUUAAAUACAUUAUGUAUUUUAUUUAAUGAAUACGAGUUCGCGAACCUCUUUUGUUUUUUAUGGUAAAGUAAAACAGUACAAUUUUAUUAUCAGUAUCCACGAAUCUCAUUGAUUGUCACAAUCUCAACCUCAGUGAUUUAAUUAACAAAGCCAGACUCAUUCUAUCGAUACACCAUGCCGAGCAGUUACAAUAUCAAAUCUAACAGUGAUUCAACGAUCACAACAGUGUCUAACCAAAGUGGCCCGGAAACACAAAAUAACGAGGUUUUCGGUGAAAACACUCGCUUGACGCAUAAUAGCAAUCAGGCCUACUUUGCCGAUGAAAAGAUUCAUGUACCAGAGACGAGUAACGAUUUUUUUAGUUUAAGGAAAUUAUGGGCUUUCACAGGUCCAGGAUUCUUAAUGUCUAUAGCUUAUUUAGAUCCUGGAAAUAUAGAAUCCGAUUUGCAGUCCGGUGUAACUGCUAAAUAUAAGUUAUUAUGGGUAUUAUUAAGUGCAACAGUACUCGGCCUUAUUAUGCAAAGACUGAGUGCAAGACUCGGUGUAGUAACCGGUUUGCAUUUGGCUGAAAUGUGUUAUAGACAAUACAAGAUAGUACCAAGAAUGAUUUUAUGGAUAAUGAUAGAAGUGGCCAUUAUUGGUAGCGACAUGCAAGAAGUGAUAGGAACAGCUAUAGCCUUGUCUUUACUGACGAACAAUGCGAUACCUGUAUGGGGUGGUGUACUUAUCACAGUGUUUGACACGUUUACAUUUUUAUUGUUGGACAAAUACGGCCUGAGAAAAUUAGAGUUCUUCUUCGGAUUUCUUAUCACCGUGAUGGCAGUCACGUUUGGUUACGAGUACAUUAUAUCUGCUCCUCCUCAAGGUGAAGUGAUGAGCGGAAUGUUCAUACCUUGGUACAACAAUUACGAUAAAACUAUGUUGCUACAGGCCGUAGGGAUUGUCGGUGCGGUUAUAAUGCCGCAUAACUUAUACCUUCACAGUGCUCUUGUUAAAUCCAGGGACAUCGACCGCAAAGAAUCGAAGAAAGUUAGCGAAGCGAACAUGUAUUACUUUGUCGAGGCUUGCAUAGCUCUUUUGGUGUCUUUCGUAAUUAACGUAUUCGUCGUCGCGGUGUUCGCCCACGGCCUAUAUCAAAAGACAAAUAAGGACGUUUAUGAUGUUUGCGAAGCUAAUAAUUACACGCUAGGAAUGAAUACGUUCCCUAGAGACAACGAAACUGUUUCAAUGGAUCUCAACAAAGGCGGGAUAUUUCUCGGUUGCGCUUUUGGCGCGGCCGCGAUGUACAUUUGGGCCGUCGGUAUCUUUGCCGCCGGUCAGUCUUCCACAAUGACCGGAACGUACGCUGGUCAGUUCGCUAUGGAGGGUUUCCUGAACCUUCAAUGGGCUCGUUGGAAGCGAGUCCUCUUCACGCGAACUAUCGCCAUCGUUCCGACCUUCUUCGUCGCGUUCUACAGCGACAUAAACAACUUGACCGGGAUGAACGACAUCCUGAACGCUAUCAUGACUCUCCAAUUACCGUUCGCGACUUUGCCAACGAUAGCGUUCACCAGCAGCAGUCAAAUAAUGGGUGACUUCCGCAAUGGACUAACGAAUAAAAUUGUCGCCACGUUGUUGUCCGCUGCUGUGAUAAGCAUUAAUAUAUAUUUCGUGAUAAAUACCGUUAAAGAAGACUUGCCACAUCACUGGGCAGUGCUACUCGCCAUCUCCAUAUAUUCUAUUUUAUACCUUUUAUUCUGCCUUUACCUAACGAUUCACAUGGCUGUGAGCAUGGGUGCAACUUGGCUUGGCGAACAUUGGUUCGUAAGACACUAUAUCGGAGUUCCUGUAAGUACGACACUUGGUUUGUCGAACCCUGCAAUAUACGCGAGGACUAAUUCGGCAUUUAACAUCCAAGAAAAUGAUUUACAAUUUACAACGAUAUCGGGUUCUAGGUAAACGAUGGUAAUAACUCGGAAUACUCAUCGUUCGCGGUUAGAUUUAUUAUCAUAAGGAAAAACUGUACUUGUUUGCAAUUGUACAUAAACAUAUCUUAUUGUAAAAUAAAUGUUGAUUUAGUUUUCUAAAUAUA